UACGGCGUGGGCGGGCCGGCGGUGUCGCUGGGGCUGACGGCGGACGCGCCGCACGAGCACCAGGACAUGCGCGUCGUGUGCUCCGACAUGCUGCAGGAGACGCACGAGAUGGCGCACCUCGUCGCGCACUUCACCAUGGGCUGCCAAAGUGGCUUCAUGUGUAUGAUGUUCUACAAACGUGAUGGUCAUGUGAUUGAAGUUCAGACAGGUGCGCACACGCGGCGGAUGGAGGACGCGUGCCUGCCCACGCACUUCGACCGCCACUCGCUGCCCUUCGUCACCCUCGUCAGUUGUUAUGCUCAUGAGUGCUCCUCAUUAACUUCAUUUCUUCUAACUGAAUUCUGGACUUUUCGAACAUGA